CGUCUUUUCUUUGCAGAUAGAAUGGAAUCUCUGACUACUGGAUCAAACACAGUAGAUAUGAAUCUGAAGAUAACUCAUAUAGAAUGCCAUCCCGAAUGCUUGGUGAUAGUGUUCCAGGGUCGAGACAAGGCAGGAUGUGAGCUUGACUAUUACAUACUACAAAGUGAAAUACAACGUGUAUUCAAAGUAAAAGAUAAUGUUUCUGUUGGUGAUUCUUGCUUGGUGGAAGACGCAGAAGGAAAAUGGCAUAGAGGAAGAGUUCUGAAAAAGAGAGAGAAUAUCUGUGAGGCUUUUCUUAUAGACACUGGGCAAGUGCUCAUAGUUGAGGAAACGCAUCUUGCCUCAGCCUGUGAUGAACUGUUUCACUUGCCUCCAAAGGUGGUUUUGGGUGUUUUUGCAAGCAUACUUCCUCUUGGAGAAAAAUGGGGUCCAAAAGCCAUUAACUAUUUUUCAUCUCUGGUAGGAAUACAGGUUACAGGUCACGUGAAAGCUGUUAUGCCAUACCAACUGUUUAUUUUAGAAGUGCCAAAGAUUAUUAGUGAUGUCCUUGAAUUGCAGUUAGGAAAAUUUAUUGAUGGAGAUUCGUUUUGUCUUAUUGUAGAAACAUUAAGAGCAUUUCCUCAAGGAAUGCUUUGUAAGAGAGUGCCCCAGUUGUUGCAGCGGAAGUAUGCAGUCAAAGAGUUGUUUACUUCUGGUAAUUCUGAGAAACCAAGAGAUUUUUGUCCAGUUCCAAGUGAUCUAAUUCCACAUCUACCUGUUGGCAGUAAAGAAAAUGUAAAAAUAACUGUUGCAGAAAGCCCAAAUAAAUUUUACUGUCAGAUACAGAAAUGGCAGAAAGAGCUGGAAGAUUUGACAGAGGCUAUGCAUUUAUACUAUGAAGCUAGCAGUAUAGAAAAUAAUAAAAAUUCUGAUAGUUUAGGGCUACUCUGUGCUGCCAAAAGGCAAAAUGGACAGUGGCAUAGAGGAGUGGUUAAACAGCUUCUCCCUGACCAUGUGGAAGUCUGGUUGAUGGAUUUUGGUGGUACUGAAGCUGUGCCAUACAGUUGUGUUCAGAAACUUAGAGCUGAGUUCAUGGCACUACCAAUGAUUUUGCUUCCAUGUGCUCUGUCUUGUUUUGAUAGUCAGGAUGAAGCAGUAAUAGAAACUCAGCUGAACAAACUUCUACAGGCCUUGAUAGAACAAACUUCUGUGUGUGUUCAUAUUGAUUUAUUCAAUGACAUUAAAUGCUUGUAUUAUGUUACACUGCAAAAUCAGAAUCUCGGAAUUGGUGCUGAGCAUCCAAAAAACCUGCAUGUGGCAGCUGCGUCACCUGUCUCUGUUUUGGAAACAAAAAUCACAAGUAUUGCUAUGAACUACAAGCUGUCUGAGAGAGAUGUUUCAUUUAAGAAUUGUACUGGAAAUAAAUGUAUAAAAAGCUGCUUACCUGAAUGGGAUAGUUCUUUGUCAAGCUACUGCAAAAGAGUAGAAAUGCAAACAAAUUCUUUCCAUACUGCUUUUGUAGUAUAUGUCAUAAAUCCAUCAGACUUCUGGGUUCAAACAUAUGAGUAUCAGAAUGAAUUUCAGGCCUUGAUGAAAAAAAUUGCAGACACAUACAAUAAAUGUAGAGCUGAUGAAAUGGUCCUUAAAAACCCAGAACGUGGAUUACUAUGUUGUGCCCGGUAUAGCAAAGAUAUGCUUUACUACCGGGGUGUUGUCACUGAAGUACUUAAUAAAAACAUUACAGUUUAUUUUUUGGACUUCGGAAAUACAGAUACAGUACCUUGUUGUGAUGUGAAAACAUUGCUUCCUGAGUUUUCUCAUUUACCAGCUUUAGCUAUGUGUUGUACGCUUGCUUGCACAUUUCCUAUUGACGGCGUGUGGCUUAAAAAGGAAACUGAUUUCUUCAAAGAAAUUGUGUUUAACAAACUAUUCCUGCUUCAUGUCACUGGCAAGCAAAAAAACAGGUAUAUUGUUAACAUGCAGUAUACAGAUGAUUUGCAGCGAGGAAAUAUUGCCAUGUGUAUGGUUCAAGCUGGAUAUGCUGAAUACCAGGAGAAGACACCAGAUUCUGUUCUACAUUUGGCAAAAAAAAGUCACGCCCUGAGUCCCCACAAAUUAAAUAAGAAAAAAGGUGAUUUACAGAGCAUCCAUAAAAAUUGUAGAAGUAACGGAUCAGGAAAUGGAGAGAUACUUUGGAAAGAUAAAUUACCAAGUGGUCCUUCAGUGCUGAGAGAAUCUGUUGGGCUGUCCCGUUUUGGAAAAGGUGCUAUCUCUAAAAGCUGUAAAUCAGCAUGUGAGAAAAAACUAUUUUAUAAAGAAUAUGUGUUUAAACCAGGAACUGUUUUUGAAGUGGUGUGUUCUUACAUGGUUUCCCCAGCAGAUUUUUCGUGUCAGUUGCGAAGCAAACUGCCAGAGCUAAAUAACUUAAUGGAACAAAUUCAAACUUACUACAAAACACAUUCCUCUCCUUACAAAACUGGACAGGUUGCCUGUGUUGUUAAAUGGCCUAAAGAUGGGAAGUGGUACAGAGCAACUGUUGUGGAGGUGGUGUCCACAAAUGAAGUUGAUGUGGUUUUUGUAGACUAUGGUUAUCGGGAAAGAGUUUUUCUUGAAGAUCUUCGAGCUGUUCUUCCAGAUUUCCUAGCUCUGGAAAGUCAGGCAUUUCGAUGUGCACUUAAAAAUGUACUCUUAGAGACUGACUCAUUUAAUUGGUCUGAAGAAGUAUGUAGACAUUUUGAAAACUUGAUUUCUGCUUCUAGGGGGCCACUGACUUGCAUUAUUUACGCUCUUGUUCUUCUAGGCCCUGAUGGUUUAUGCAACAUAGUUGAUUUACAGACUCCAUUUAUUAGUGCAGAGGAAUUCCUCAGAGAACAUGGUCUUGGCCAGUCUGAAUAUUUUGGUCUGAGAAACCUUGCAUCUAUGGGUUCUCUUUACAGUUUUUUCUACUCAUCUUUUAACAUAAAAAUUGGAAGUGAGGAGGAGGUUUAUAUAACUCACGUACAUAAUCCUUCAAAAUUCUAUUGUCAGCUUAAUCGAAACACAGAAACUAUAGAGGCCUUGAUGAAUAAGGUUAGUAUGAUAAGCAAAAUGGCAAAUAAUGCAAAAUUUGAUAUCAGCAAUAUGCGAUUAUGUAUAGCCAGAUAUUUUGAAGAUGGUCUCUUUUAUAGAGCUUUGGCUUUUCCUGUGGAAUCAACAUCCUAUGUAUGUGCUGACUUUGUGGAUUUUGGAAAUAAGAAUAUGGUAGAGAGAGACCAGUUGAUCCCUAUUCCAGACUCUGCCAGUGACUUAAUGUUCACACCCAUGCAAGCUAUUAAAUGCUGUCUGUCUGGUCUUGGUGAGGCAAAAAUACCAGCAGGAAUUACUAGGUGGUUUGAGGAAACAUUCCUUGGUAAAUUGCUGAAGGCUGUUAUUGUAUCCAUAGAAUCAGAUGGACAGAUUGUUGUGGAGCUGUAUGAUGGACAGCUUCAAGUCAGUCAGAAAAUUAAAGAAAAAAUGUUGGAAGAGUCAGUACUGACCAGUUAUACGGAGCAAUUUGUUGGAAGUAAUGAAGGAGUCCUAUGUAACAUGGGAGAUGUCAAAGGAGUUAAUAAAGUAACUGUGAAAAAUCCUGGAAGAGUCAAAUUGAAAACUAAAGUGAAAUACCAAGGAAAUGAUAAGUAUUACCAGGCAGAUAUUGGACAGAAUUUUGAAGAGAAAGAGCAAGUUGCAUGUAGCACACAGAAGUUAUGUAAUGGGUCCUCAAAACCAUUAACUUCACAGGACAGUGGAGAAACAGGUUCUAGAAAUACUGUCAGUGCUGUUCUGGGGCGCAGAGAGGAUCCUGUGGUUGGAGAGCCUGCUUCACAACCACUCUGUCAACUUGCUUUAAAUGCAAAGGAAGUAACUUUAAAUGAUCCCUGUAAAUCCCCUAAUGAAAGACUAAAUUAUACAGGUGAGAAGGAAAGGAGUAACGAAAAUGUACCUAAGUUAAUCAGUCUUCCUCAACGUGAUAUUCAGGUAAAUUCUGAAGUAACAGGGUAUAUUUCUCAUAUGAAUAGUCCAUCAAGUUUCUAUGUUCAGCUUGAAGAAGAUGAAAACAUAAUAAUACAACUAGCAGAAGAGUUAAAUGACAGUAUGGUGAAUAUAGGUCAUGAAAACUGGUUAGAUGAGCUCAUGGUAGGGGAUCUCAUUGUUGCAGAGCAUGCUGCUGACUGUUGUUACUAUAGAGCAGUUAUUAAAGCUGUGAAUUCAGAAGACUCCUUUGAGGUUGAGUUCAUUGACUAUGGUAAUGCAGCAGUUGUAAGUCGUUCAAAAAUCUCCAAGAUUCAGAAAAAGUUCUCAACUUUGCCAAGACUCAGUGUUCAUUGUUUCCUUAGUAGAGUAGAAAGUGUUCCUGAUGAAAACUGGGGUUCUUCCUGGUUCGUAAGUGACAUAAUGAGCAAGCUGGUUACUUGCAAGUUCUUACAGCAACGAGGGGACCGGUGGGAAGUUGAUAUAAUUUGUGAUGGAAAGUCUAUGUCUGAUGACCUUCUGCAGAAAAAAGGCAGGAGAGGUUGGCAAAAUACACCAGUGAAUAGCCAGGAAACUAGACCAGAACAGGUUCUGGUUACAAAUGGUAAUCCUCGAGAUAAAAAGAACAGGAAUGGUUUAUGUAGUCAACGGAAAACUAAGGCUGUUGUGAAAAAUAUUCCCAAACCACCCUUAAAUGUCCUUCCUCAAGAUCUGAAUUAUGGACAUGUAGAAGGAGCAAAAGUAACUAAUAUAUCAGAGAGUGGAGAAUUUCAUGUGCAGUUACUUAGAAAUUUGCACAUACUAUACAAGUUAAAUCUAUUAGUUGCCAAAGAAGCACAAAGAAGUGAUUUGCUUAAGGCAGGUGACAUUGAAGAAGGAUUGGAAUGCAUGACAAAAUCUGAAAGGAACUUGAGGUGGUUUCGAUCAAAAGUCAUAAAGAAGUUUGUCAGGAGGAAGCUAAUGCUAGUUUUUUUCAUGGAUUAUGGCAAGUGCGAGAUGGUGUCCUUGAAUAAUGCGAAGAUGCUCAGUGGUAAAAUUAGAAGUAUUCCUAAACAAGCUGUGUUUUGUAAAUGGGUUUCAUUUAAAAAACUGAAGAAAGCGGAGUUUGUCCAUGUAGUAAAUAUACUCCUGGAUCGUGAAGUAAGGAUCUUGUUUUUGAGAUACGAGGAAUCCUCUCAUAUCUGGGAAGUAGAUAUCUUAAUAGGGGAAGUUCCGCUUCAGGAGUAUUUGAAACAGCUCUUAAGUAAUCAUUGGAGUAUUGUUGAACCAAAAAAAUACAAUAAUGCAGAGUGUUGGGAGUGUGAAACAUCAUUCAGGAUGCAUUCAGUCACAUGGACGCUGCUGCAAAGUGGCAGAAAGUAUGCUGGGUUUGCAACUGCAGUUACUGAUCCUUCAAACUUUUGUGUCCAGUUUGAAGUCUUAUUUAAUUGCAUGAAAAAUUUGUCUUUGCUGCUCUCUGACCUUCCUGACAACUUGCCAGCUUUGUCCGAAAAACUCGUGGCUCCUGGUACUACCUGCUUGAUCAAGUGUGGACUGGAAGGACAGUGGAACAGGGCAGAAAUUAGUCAAGUAACAAGACAGUCUGUUGUUCUUAAAUUUAUUGAUUAUGGGUGGCUGAAGAGCAUCCCUUACUCUGAUAUUCAUAAACUUAAAGUUAUUCCAAAAUGUCUGUCUUACUUACCACCUUUGGCACACUCUUGCUCUUUACAUGAUACUGUUCCUGCCAAGGGGGAAUACUGGAGUGCUGAAGCAAAACUUAUGUUUCAGAAGCUUAUUAGUAAACCUUGUCUGAUAUUUUAUUUUAAACACUAUGGUUCUGGAAUGAAAUUAGAGGUGGAUGUUCUGUGUGAGAAGACUAGUCUAGCUCAUGCCUUAAUUGCAGCUGGUCAUGCAGUUUCUUCUAAAAGUAGGUGCUGCCUCACUACAGCUGGUGGAAUUAAAUGA